CUCAGAGACCCACAGUCCUCCACUUCCUGGGGUGUCAGCCACAGAACAAAGCCAGCAGAGACUCCUUCAGCACCUCCCUUUCUCCUCGUCCACCCAGGCAUAGCUGCCUCUGCCUCUGGGCAACAUCCCUGGGCAGCAGAAGAUGAAGUGGAAAUCGUCUGUUCUUGCCUGCAUCCUUCACGCGCAGUUCCCAGGAGCAGAGGCACAGAGCUUUGGUCUGCUGGAUCCCAAACUCUGCUACCUGCUAGAUGGCAUCCUCUUCAUCUACGGAGUCAUCGUCACAGCCCUGUACCUGAGAGCAAAAUUCAGCAGGAGUGGAGAUGCUGCUGUUUACCUGCAGGACCCCAACCAGCUCUACAAUGAGCUCAAUCUAGGGCGAAGAGAGGAAUAUGACGUCUUGGACAAGAAGCGUGCUCGGGAUCCCGAGAUGGGGGGCAAACAGCAGAGGAGAAGGAAUCCCCAGGAAGGCGUGUACAAUGCACUGCAGAAAGACAAGAUGGCAGAGGCCUACAGUGAGAUUGGCACGAAAGGCGAGAGGCGGAGGGGCAAGGGGCAUGAUGGCCUUUACCAGGGUCUCAGCACGGCCACCAAGGACACCUAUGAUGCCCUGCAUAUGCAGACCCUGCCCCCUCGCUAACAGGCAGGGUGGAGUUCCCACUCACAGGCUUCACCGACUGAUGUCACGUGUGAAGGACAGAGGACAAAGCAUUCACAACUCAGUCUGUUAAUUUUACAGCCACCGUUUCAUGAAGAGGAUGUUCCUUCCCCUUGCCACAUUUGUCUUCUCUAGUUCCAAAGCACUGAACACAGAAUGUCAUCCCUGGACUCUCUAAAGGCAGAGCUCCCCUUGCUCUCACACCCCAGCCCUGUUUUUGGAUCUUCUGUCAGGCCUCUCUCCCUGCAGAGGCCAGCCCUAGCCAGAAGUUGGGGUGGGACACUAACACACUCCCUCCUGCAGCUAGCUGAGUUCAGUUUGUUUUGUAAAGUCCCCAGAGAAGCCCCGGGUAGUGUGUGUAUUGUUCCAUCGGUAUAGACUCGCUUCUCUCCUGCUGUAAAUUUGGCUUCUGUUGUCAUACUUCCCAGUGUCAAGGUAACAUUUAAUUAGGCCACAUUGUGAAAGGCAGAGAGGCAGGUAUGAGGCAGCCCAGGCAAGUGUCAGCCAGAGGUGGCUCAAAGAAGGGAAGCAACAUGCAAGGAAGGUUCCUAGCCCAGGGGAACAGUGACAAGGGGCCUCUUACCACCAAGAGUGCCAUCCGCAUCUCCCAACCAUUGUGCCAGGCACCCCAGGAGUGUUAAGAUGUCUUGCCUUCAUGGAGAGCAUGAUUUUAGAGUACAAAUAAUUUGUGUACAAACUGGCACAGAAAAUAGAAUGUGUCAUUACCACCAAUGACAAGGGGGUGAGAGAAAAGGGAGCAAGUCCUGCCUUCUUCUAUGAACUCUGUUCAUCUUGUUGAGUGGCAGGAAGACCCAGACCACCCAAGUCUGCAGUGCUCCCACUGUAAUGGCACAAUGACAAUCACUUAGUGGAUGGCAACGCCAUUGUGUAAUUAAAGUGCCUGUGACCAUGGAUGGGGGACCCUCUGACCUCUUGGGUUUUAAUUUAUACUGGCUUGCUAUUUUGCAUAAUAAAUGCUUUGCUAAAAGUGA